AUGAAAAUACGAGCUAUUCUUUGGAUGAACGUUGUGGCUGCCUCGAAUGCUGUUGUCGCUGACAAAACACCGUCACCACUGGUCACACCAGCCGAUUGUACAACACUUAAAAACGCGAAUAAGAGUUUCCUCAAUAUGAAUAUGCAUGAUCGUUUACGACUAGAGAGUUGCGUGUUCACAUUUCUUACCGAUACGGAACUGAAAUUCAAUGCUAAUCCGGAUUCGUUUCACACCGAUCCACCACCGGAGGCUGAAUUGACAAUCCAGGUAGACGAUGUUGUAAUUCGUCAUGUUCAGCUCUCAUCGGGUAGUACAUACCAAUUUCAAAUCUACGGAGAUAUAUACUUGGUAAAUCGACCAGUGUCAGUACAAAACCUUUUUGAUAGAGCACAUGGAUUGUCAACCCUCGCCGAUGAACACUCAGCAUGGGUCGUCGAUGUUAGUCGAAUUGAAUUAUUCAUUAGAAAAAUCUAG